AUGGGUCGGGGGAAAAACUUUGUGUUUUUGGGGAUCUUCGCCAGUGCCGUGAUCUUGGUGCUCCAAAACAUUUUGCAUUCGAGAGCGGCAUCACUCCCGCAGGAUCGGCGGGAACAGCAGCCGGUGGAGCAGACACGCACCGCGGCGGAAGUAACGAACCUAGCAAUAUGCAUCUUGACGCGGCGGAGCGAAUGGCAGAGGCGACACCUCUUGCGGCAGACAUGGCUCCAAGACGUCCCGGACGGCGUUCGCGUGUCGCACAUCUUCGUGAUGGGGGAGGACCGGAGCUACACCGCGGAGGAGAACGCUCGCCUUGCCGCCGAGUCGGAGGCGCACCGGGACAUCCUGAUCGCUCCCGUCGAGGAAGCCAGAGACACGGCGUCCGAGAGGACCAAACACUGCAUCUACUGGACCACGGAGAACCACGACUUCGACCUCCUGGUCAAGGCCGACGACGACAGCACGCUGUUCCUGUCGCGCUUGUUCGGGCGCGGGGGCUGGCUCCCGCCGAAGGCGGUGGACCGCGAGGAGCUCCUGUACUUCGGCAAGCGGCACGCGUUGGCAAAGGUCGCUAACCCAGCCAACGUCCUCGACCCUCCGGCCGACCCGUCGGCUGGCCUGGUUUUCGGGGGAGCGAUAGAAGAGGAAACUGAGACGGACGGCGUGUUCGAGUUCGACUACAGGGGGGUCUACUGGCCGGAGCACAUGGAGGGCGGCAUGUACGGCCUGUCCCGCGGCCUGGCGGAAGAGAUCGUCAAGAACGACUUCCGCACCUACACGAACGAGGAGGCCACGGUCGGGGUCUGGGUCGCGGUAUUCGACGCCAGGGCCAGGUACCUUGCGGACGAGCAGGUACUCUCCUGCGAGGCCGACUACCUCGCGAGCAACGGCACCGCCGUCGCGGCGUCCUUCCGCACCCGCCGCCUGCGGCAGGCGGCCAUGUGGUGCGAGUACGCCCCCCUGGGCACCCUCUCCCGGAGGUCCAUCCUGGCCAAGGACCUGCAGCAGACCCUGGACUGCCUCGGUUCCUACGAGAGGUCGUCGAAUCCCCCCCGAUCGCAGCCCCUCGGCGCCGGCGAGGAUCACCAAGCGGCCACCCUCGAGUCCAUCAAUCGGAGGUGGCCGAUCAUGGCGCCGCCGAACCGGGAGGAAACGGGUCGGUGGUGGGCCCGGAUGGGCGGAGCCUUUUACGGGAAGCCGGCGGCGAUGGUGGGCACGAGCGCGACCGCGGUGGACCGCUUGCCGCUGUAUCUUCUGCAAGGGAUGCACACGCUGGUGAUGGACGACUUCUUCCGGGUUUCGGAGCGGUACACGUGGUGGAAGCCCACCAUGUACAUGUGCGUUGACCCCGAGCUGUGCGCGUCGCGCGGAGGCGGUGGGGGCGGUGGAGGAAAGAAGGGACAGAGUCGAAGCGGCGCCGUCGCCAACAGUGUCGAGAGCGCCAACAGGUUCGCGAGGGACGUUUUCGCGGCCUUUUACGUCUUGAGUGGCGGCCCUGAGGGCGCCCAGUACUGGCAAUACUUGCGGCAAAGGGUCAACGUCCACUGGUUUGAUGCUGGGGUGGGGGAGGGCUGGGAGCAGGGGGGUGUUAAAGGUGGGAGGGUACCAGGAGGAGGAGCUGUCGCCGGGAUGGGUCCGGCGGAAGGGGUGGCCGACGGAUCGCCGGAACACUUCCGGGUCCUAUCUCAGGCGUCAGGGCUUGCCAUGGGCGUGGAGGUGCUCUCGUACCUGGGGUUUUCUCCGAUUUACGUGGCCGCAGCGAAGGAGGAGCUGGGGGGGGCGGGGGGGGCGCAGGAGCUGGACGAAUUUGGCCGGGCCGUCCGGCUUGCAGCGUUGAGGUACGGAGCGAGAGUUGUUUAUCUUUCCGCCGAUGACGACGACAAGCUUCCAGGUGGCAGGGUGAGCGCGACGUCGGUGAGGUCGGGCGGCGGGAAUUUAGACGCGCAGGCGGGGGCGGGGGCGGAGGGGAAGCUGAGCGACCAGGAGGACAUCCUGGCAUGGGCCAAGAGAAGAAGCUACGCUCAGACGGCGAGGUGGGACCUCGACGUAUUCCUGCAGCACUUUCCGGCCGUGAGUCGGCUGCAAGUCGUCCGCAGCGCCUCGACCGUGGAGGGCAUGUUCCCGAAAUCUCCCGUCUGUCGGGACGCCGAUGACCUUGACCGGUUCCAGAAGGCUGUGCUCUGCCCCGUGAAGAAGUCGCUCAAGCAUUUCUCGUCGUUUCUCACCUGGCAUAUUCCGUACGGGCCAGUGCGGGGCCUCUUCGUCUGGGUGAAGCGAUAG